CUGUAAAUACUUUGACCAAUUAGCCGAUGGGUUGGAUGUUGUAGGCUGCAGUGGCACCGCAACCUUCUCCUGGAGUUGAAUAUCAGGCUGAAAAAGUAAUUCCGUACAACAAUUGAAGUUACCGGUAUUAAGUAUGGAUGAAGAAGUACGUACAAGAGAGGAGACUAGGGUCAUCCGUGAAGUAUAUUCUGAUGAAAAUUCGACAGAUAAUUUCGAACUUGAACUCGAAGGAGCUUUAGAAGCAGGAGUAAAAUACAUUGUCAUUGAACCGACAAAAUUAGGUGAAGAAACAAAUCGAUGGAUAAGAGUCGGGAACUGUCUUCAUAAAACAUCAGUACUAUCUGGACUAGCAGCUUUAUUAUUGCCACAGUUAUUACCAGAUUCAAUACCUGUUGGACUAUAUCUCAGCAUUCCCUCAGCCAUGAUGUGUACAGGGUGUGCAACUUUAUAUGGUAUAUCGUGGCAAUUUGAUCCAUGCUGCAAGUAUCAGGUAACAACAGAUAGUAGAGAACUGUCCAGGUUAAAUGUUCGGAACUUAACGAAUCCUUCACCAGUCGUGCUUGUAAGAAAAGAUGAUAAAUAUCGAAAAUGGCUUCAUAAUGGUAUGGCAAUUUUAUGCGCUCUAUACAUCGCAAAAACUUUUGAACAUGUUUUACACAGUUGACCACUGUCUUUAGUACAAUUUUCUCCAUCCCCAUUCAGAAAUGACCCCUGUUAUUUAUGAAUCAUCUUGAAAAAAUAUUGGUCCAUGAUACAUUGCUCAUUUCUAUAUGGGAGAUUAUAUUCCAAUUGUUGUUUUUUAUUUCUAGUUUGUUUUUAAUUUUAUGGUGCUUAACGAAAAUGUGCUGCUCUUAGCAAAUAUCAGUAUAUAUUUCUGAAGGACUAAUUCAGACAGUUGCAGUGGUAUCUCUUUCAUGUUAUUUAUUAAAUAAAGUUUUGAAUGUGCUGAAA